AUGCUGGCCCCUAAUUUCCUCCUCGGCACCUUAUCGCAGUCAUUAGGGGCGUUUAAGGCGGCCUUCAACCGCUCUGCCCCGCAGCGCCCGCUGGGCUCAGGUUCGUGCUCGGCGCUGCUCAAGCUGCUGCCAGGCAACCGGGACCUGCUGGUGGCCCACGACACCUGGGCGCCCUACCAGUCCAUGCUGCGCCUCAUCAAGAAGUACACGCUGUCUUUCCGCGCCGAACCUGGUGGCACCGCCCGUGUCCCAGGCAGCGUCCAGGUGUUCUCCUCCUACCCCGGCACCAUCUUCUCCGGAGAUGACUUCUACAUCCUGAGCAGCGGCCUGGUUGCGCUGGAGACCACCAUCGGGAACAGCGAUGAGACACGCUGGCAGUACCUGCGGCCUCAGGGCAGCGUCCUGGAGUGGCUGCGGAAUAUCGUGGCCAACCGGCUGGCCCGUAGCGGUGCUGAGUGGGCCAGCAUCUUCCAGCGCUUCAACAGUGGCACGUACAACAACCAGUGGAUGCUGGUGGAUUACAAGGCAUUCUCUCCAGGGCAUGCUGCCCUGCAGCAGGGUCUGCUGACGGUGCUGGAGCAGAUCCCGGGCUUGGUGAUGGUGGCUGAUAAGACAGAGCUGCUGUACCAGCAGGGGUAUUGGGCCAGCUACAAUGUGCCCUACUUUGAGGAGAUCUUCAAUGCCAGCGGGAACCUGGAGCUGGUGCAGAAGUAUGGUGACUGGUUCACCUAUGACAAGAACCCCCGCGCCCAGAUCUUCCGCAGGAACCAGACUCAGGUCCAUGAUGUGGACUCCAUGGUCCGUCUGAUGAGGUCCAACAACUACCUGCAGGACCCACUGUCACAGUGUCGGGGCUGCGACCCGCCCCACAACGCCGAGAACGCCAUCUCCGCCCGCUCUGACCUCAACCCAGCCAACGGCACCUACCCCUUUGCCGCCCUGCGCCAGCGCUGCCAUGGCGGCACUGACACCAAGGUCACCUCCUUCGGCAUGGCCCGCACCUUUGGGCUGGUGGCUGCCAGCGGGCCGACGUGGGACGACGUGCCGCCCUUCCGCUGGAGCGCAUCGCCCUGCAGCCACCUGCUGCACAUGGGCCACCCUGACCUCUGGAGGUUCCCUGCUGUCAAGGUCCGAUGGGACUGAGCCGGACAUCCCCACGCCUUUCCCUGUUUCUGCAGGAUGGGGGGCUAGAGGGAACCGCUCCUCGCAUUUUUCUCCCCGUGCUUCUCUCACCAUUUGCUGCUCCUGAGCCCCAUCCGUGCCACCGUGGCUGAGGUCGAUCAGUGGGCUCUGACCCCGGUCCCAAAACCAAGCACGGAAGGAAGGCCUCCCACAGGGCUCCUCAUUCUGGGAGGCUGUUCCUGGAAGAUGGGUUCCAGGAGGUGGGGCUGGUGCUGGGACAGCUGCAUGGCAGGAAGGGGUGAAUGGCCGGGGUUGGUGUAACAAAUAAAACGCUGUGUGCAAUGGA